AUCGCGUGUGUGCGCCUCUGCGGCCUUGUUUUGGACGAUGUUGUUGUGAAAAUCCAUGAAAAUUGGGAAAUUCUUAAAUUCCUGCGCGAUAGGCAGAAAAUCAAGUCGUUUGCAUCUCCCGCCGUCGUUACCGGUGUAUGGUGCACUUGAAGAACCGCUACCAACGCUGCAGCAGUGCGAUUCUUUAUCAAAGUGGUGUUUAAUCACUGCUCGGAACGUAGAUUUGAGAUACUGCUAAUUCAAGUAAUUUAAUUCAAGAAAUUCCUAAGUAAUCAAGAACAAUGCCUUCAUUUCGCCAAAAAGUGACCACCUAUUUGAGACAAUUAAGCUUUGCAUCCGAGCGCGAAUCCCGAAAUCAAGUAGAAUCCGGACCAUCCGGAAGCUUUAUAUCUCAGUAUCUGGAAGGCGUAUGGGAACCCCCGGAUUCCAUUCCGGUGGUAUACAACGGUAAAUCCCCGGAAGAAUUACCAGAAAUAUCAAUCGCUCGGUAUGUAGUGGCUCACUCGAUUUGUGAUGCGGCGUAUACGGGGCCAUUAGAGGGCCUAACAGGCGUGAGGCGAGCCAAGUCCCACCUUACCCCUGGAAUUGCAGACGAUAUUGAUUACAUCGAUGUUAUGCAUGAGACUACCGUCGACAGAGCGUCAGGAGAUUCUGCAGCCCCGAAAAACUUACGACUAGAACAUCGUGAACAAGGUUCUAGUUCUGAUUCCACCAUUCCGUCCGACAAUAAUAAUAUUGUACACAAUGAAAAACACAAUGAACCUCAAAGGAAGAAAUCAGUUUCAAGCAUGAUAUCCAAGUCUAAAACACCGAUUAAGGAAGAAAAUAGCAGUAAAGCGUCGGGUAUCCAUACCUGCUCUGACAUAGAACCCGUAGCGUGUAUAGCUGAUUGGAACCGUGCAACGGAAGAUGCUUACGGAAUGUCUAUUUCAUUGUACGAAAAGAAUUUACAUACUUUGGGAAGCGUCGGUGAUCCGAUAGCCGAUUGUUUUGGGAUUGCAACAAGACAGGAUUCCUGUAUUAUGGCAAUGGCAGACGGUGUGAAUUGGGGUGAAGGAGCACGAGUUGCUGCGAGAUCUGCUAUCCAGGGUUCAAUGGAAUAUCUCAAUUCCGCAAUUUUCGGUCUCCAUCGAGUUUCAACAACAAAAGAAGUAUUCGUUAGUUUAAUACGAAGCUUCUGGGAGGCACAUAACUAUAUAUUGCAAGUCGGAGGAGCCCUGAGUACGUUAACAGUUGCUGUCGUGUUGCCCGUCGAGGACUCUAACAACAGUAUUGUUUGCUGCUGUAAUGUUGGAGAUUCCCUAGGUUAUAUAUUUUCGAGAAAUAACAUUGUUCGAGAGAUAACUCAAGCCUCGCAUAAUGUUAAUCUCAUACGUGAUAUGAGGGACGCUCUUGGCGCACUUGGUCCUGUUUAUGGUGACAAACCGGAAAUGGCCAACCUCACGUUGUCAAUGACUGUUGUCGAAGAAGGUGAUAUCGUCUUUCUUACUUCUGAUGGGAUUAGUGAUAAUUUCGAUCCUGUCGUCGGUCGCUUUGCAGAAGCGGCGAUCAAUUUCGGAGGCAACAGUAGUGUAGCAUAUGACAACAACGCCUCACUUAAGCAACAAAUGAGCCCUCACCAAGCUGAAAGAAAAAAAAAAGUGUCAUUGUUGGCACCUAAACGACAAAAUAAAAGUGCACCGACGUUAGCAGUACUGGAAAAUAAUCCAGAGCGAAAAGGUUUAGGUAGUAUCCAGGGCGCAAGAACUAAUAAAAACAAGCCAACAAUUAGCGAUAAAGAAAAAACAAUAGAAUCCAAAUAUGUAACACGCUCGAAAACGUUUAUUGAGUCAGCAAGAACAAGCCGACAAUCAUAUAACGCUAGUAAUAGGUCCGGUUUAGUGCUACCGAAAGUAACAGCAGCACAAAGACAUAUGUUGACCUUAUUAAGAAUGGCUGAUCUGCUGGUUUAUGGUAUCAAUGGAUCGUUGCGACCUUGUUCAACCGCUAAACAACUGUGCCAACUGCUUAUUGAUUUUGUUUCUUGUAUCACUGUAGCAAAACGAAAGCUUCUAGAACAGCGUGAGCUCUAUUACAAGGUGGUGACAGGUGCUGAUGGAUCUCGUAAAGAGAUUCGCAAUACGGUACAAGAGCAUAAAGCUAUACGAAAGCGACUAGUAGAUGGCACUACAUUUUCUCUACUACCUGGCAAGUUGGAUCAUGCUUCAAUUGUUGCUUAUAAGGUGAAAAUUCGUAGUUCCGAAAGUCAUAUUACUUAACUGUACUUGAUCAGAAAGUAGCAAGUAUUUCAUUGUACUAUUAAAGUCGUUUGGCACAAAUAACCAUUUCUAAAACGCAUUCACACAUUUCUAUUAAAAAACCAAUGCUAUUAGAAUGAAAGUUAAAAAAAAAAACCUUAGUUAUUUUUAAAAUACAUUAAAAUAAGAGUUUCUUCGACUGUAAAA